GCAGAAGAGCCUUGAGCGCCCACCCACCCCGUUCCACAGCCUCUUUCCAUCUCGGAUUUCGGGGCGGCCCCCUCCCCCACCUCUCCCUGCCUCUUUGCACCCUCUUUUUUUGGGUUUCGCUCGGGUUUGUAGCCGUCUGUUUUUGCACCCCUUUUCGUUCUGCUUCUAGACGGUUUGGGGGGUGAAACUGCAUUCACACCCCUUCCCCUUGUUAUCCUUCCCCUGCUCUGUCAGGCCCCCUUUUCAUCGCAGUCGGGGGGCCUAGGAUCGGUGCAUCUUCCUCCACGUUGCCAGCACCCCGCAGCGCGUGGCCGUGCACCCCGGAAUUUGCAGCGGCUGCAUAUCUUAGCGGGGUCUCCUUAGCCCCGCCACCUUUGCUCCGGGCGCUCUCGGGUGCGUGGAGGGCUACAGCGCGGCGCCCCCGCUUCUCCGCAGCCCCCAGCCCCCCGCGGGGACUCGCCCCGCGCUGCCGAGAUGGUCAUCCAGAAAGAGAAGAAGAGCUGCGGGCAGGUGGUUGAGGAGUGGAAGGAGUUCGUGUGGAACCCGAGGACGCACCAGUUCAUGGGCCGCACCGGGACCAGCUGGGCCUUUAUCCUCCUCUUCUACCUUGUCUUCUAUGGCUUCCUCACCGCCAUGUUCACCCUCACCAUGUGGGUGAUGCUGCAGACUGUCUCUGACCACACCCCCAAGUACCAGGACCGGCUGGCCACACCAGGCUUGAUGAUUCGCCCCAAGACUGAGAACCUUGAUGUCAUUGUCAACGUGAGUGACACUGAAAGCUGGGACCAGCAUGUUCAGAAGCUGAACAAGUUC